AUGUCUCGUUCGCUCUCACGUAAAUCCUCAUCCGAGCUCGGACGACCGGAUACGAUUCCAGGCAUCUCCCAAGCGCCCAAGUUUCGUCAUGAGGUUUUCAAGAGACACGACACUCGUGUUUGUCUGGACCCUGAGUCUGCUGAGCAUGGCGAUGACUGUGAAUUGGCGAUGCAAGAUUUCAGUCAGGAGGCGUUGGUUUUUGAACUCGCGAUGACUGGGCCGUGGGCUUGGGGCUUGGGGCUUAGCGCGAUGGAGGACUUGGCGUGGCUCGAAGUUUUGGUCUGGCGGGUGUGGAAUGUGCAAGUGGGGAAGACCCUCAGCAUUGCCAUCGUCGCCGUACCUCGGCGGUUUCGGAACCGCGUCCUUGCAGACAGGACAAUACCUCCCGCAGUCCGGACAGGCCCCGGGCUUGCUUCGCUCGCUGAACCGCGUGCACGCUGGUCCGCUCGGGGCGGGACAUUGGUCUACCUCGACUCUGACGUGGGUGCAGGUGAAGUGCCAGAUGAUCUGGUUGCACAUGGUGGAUGGAGACAGACUAGCAACGGCGUGCAUACAUCUUCUACGAUAAGUCGGUUUGGACAGCAGGUCAUGAUAUUCCUUUCGACCGAUGGUCAUCGCCGUCCCUUAGAUCUCUCCAGACAAUACAGGUGGAUCCCGCACAUUCAGGAAGUGCCUCUUCAAAGUUUGCGAUCUCAAGUGUCUAGGUUGAUCUCCGAAUCAGAUUGCCUUGGACGGGCCCAGCUAAUCCGGGAAUUCACACUCGCCCUGACUCGCUUCCAAGUCGAGACAAACGACCCUUCAGCAGCCAAAUCUCGCAUAAGUGGUACGAAUUUGCCAUCUUGGCCGACACUCGGGCGACAUCUCAACCAUAAACCAACGCUUCCUCUAGCUAAACGAGAAAACGGCCGCCUGAUUCCCAAUCCCCCUUUUGUUUCUAUGUCGUCAUCCAUCUCGAAAGUCCCCGUACGGUACCCAGCUCGCUGCGAGAUGAAACUCUCAGGUCUCGUCGACUCUUACAUCGGGCGUGAAUGCCCAUCGCGGUCCAGCUGGGCAGAGCAAAGGUGCAAAACUCCAACAGUCAACCCAACCCGCGCUGCCCCGAGGGAGAUCGAGAUCGAGAUCGAGAUCGAGGCAGUCGUACCGCAACCGAAUCUGUCCAGAGAAAGUGAGCCCGACAUUGAAAUCCAAGGCGAAGAAGCCGAAGCCAGCGAAGGAUGA